UCUAUACUCAUCGUUGGCAUUAAUCAUUAUAAAACCCAGAUCCAUAAGCGGAUAUACGUAUUUACAGUCAAAUGAAAAUUCGUUGAACGCUGUUAUAUAUUUUUUUUUUCGACUGUUACCAUAUUUUAACUAUAAAUUUAUUAAAUAAUAUUUGAUCGUACACCAAUCUGGCAUUCUUAUAGUUUUUUAAUUAAAUCAUAUUCAUUUGGAAAUGCCAUAAUGAUACUAUUUAUUUCAGAAUUAUAUCUUGUUAAUAUUGAUAACAUAACCUAAUAAUGUUGCCAUCGGAUUGCGAAGAAUUAAAGCGGAUUGACACAAUAUUACUUUGUGGGAUAUGCUAUGAAUAUAUGGAAACCACUGUCAUUACACCGUGUUCCCAUAAUUAUUGUUCACUUUGUAUACGAAAAUAUCUACAUUAUAAAACACAAUGUCCUACUUGUUUCGAAGAAAUCUUUGAAAAGGAUUUAAGAGUAAAUAAAGCUUUGGACGAGAUCAAACAAUAUUUUUUAGAGUUAAAAGAGAAAUUAGCUAAGUGCGUUCAAAGUAUUCAAAAUGAUAAAUUAAAUUUGUCGAAGAUUAAAUUUUGCGAGGAAAAUUUAAUCGACGAAAAACGAUUAAACGUUAAUCACAAGGAUACUUCCAAUUAUGGAGACCAAAAGUAUAUUGGAAAUAAUUUGGAAAAUAUUGAAUAUACAUUACACGAUGAAAGAACUACUUUACUUAGUCCAAGUACCAGUAAUACAUCCAAAUUAUCCACUUUCUUUACACCAAAACGUAAGAAAAUAUCUCAAGAUAUUAUCAGUGAAAAGGUAGUAAUAUGUCCAGUUUGUAAAGUAAAUGUUUUAGAAAAGAAUAUAAAUAGACAUUUAGAUGAUUGUUUAAAGAGAGAGGUAACAAAUGAUAAGCCUGUCAAACCUAAAUCAAAGCGUAAGCCAUUACCAAAGUUAGUUCUCAGUUUAAUGAAGGAAGGAGAAAUAAAAAAAAAGCUAAAAGAAUUAGGUCUUUCUUAUGUUGGGGAUAGAAAAGUUUUGGAAUUAAGAUUUCAAAGAUAUACAACUCUCUAUAAUGCAGAAUGCGAUAAGGAUGAUCCAAGAUCCGUUUCAGAAUUAAUCAAACAAUGCGAGGAGGAAGAAAAUUUGGAAAAAAAAGCAAACAAGUUACCAUUCAUUAAGUUGCAAAUUAAUAGAAACACUGCUGAGAAUAUUAUAGAAGAGGAGAGAAAAAAGUAUUUAGAAAUGCAUAAAAAUAGUUUUGAGAGUUUAAUUUCAAAGAUUAAAAGUACAGAAAAUUCACAAAAAUCCUCGGCAAGACGUUCAAUACUUAAUGAAAAUAUGGACUCUGAAACAAAUGCUGUGCAUUCUACAACUUGCGAAAAUUUUUAUCUGCAAGAUUCAGAUUCAAGUCUUGAUGAUUGCCCAUUACAAAUGUAUUCUAGUGAAAGUCCAAUGAAUUUUCUUACAGUAGAAUUAUUGACAUCUACAAAUGAGAAGAUUAAAGACACUAACUGUUUAAUUGAUAAAGAAAAAGAAGAAGAACAAUUAAGUAAUACAAGUUCUGGCUUUUUUCAUUCUGAAAUGGAAAAAACAAAUAAUAAUAAUUCUUGUACUUUUGUAAAUGAACGUUCAAUAAUAUCUAAUGAGGUUCCAUGUUCAAGCAAUACCUAUGCCAAUACGAAAAAAUCAUAUAUAGAGAAACAAGUAAAAAGAAAAAAAUUAUCAAUGGAAGAAACCCAAAAGAAGAAUGAUAAUUUAACAGAAACAAUAUUGGAAAACUAUGCGUCUGAUUUUUCAAGUAAUGACAGUGUUAUUUGUAACUCAGAUUUUGAGACAUUCGAAAAUUAUGUUCAUGAUAUUAUUAAGGGUACAGAUAUCAAAGAAAAUGCAUUUAUAAAAUCGAAUCUGGAGAAAGAAAAUAUUAAAAAACGUAAAAAAAGAAGAUAUGAUAAUGCAAUUAAGGGAGAAGAAAAUGCUUUGAGAAAGAAGUAUAAAGUUAAACUACAGACGAAUUGUCUUAGCGAACAAAAUAUACUUACUCGUGACGGAGAUCACCUCGAUGAAUCUUACAAUAGUAUGGAAAAUAAAUUUUCUACAAAAUUGCAAAAGAAAAAAGAGGAACAAUUAACGUCCAUCGUCUGUACUCCACAAAGAAAAUCAAACAGAUUAAGAGUUAAAAAUAAUCAUUCUAUAAAUUGUGAUACGAAGGAACGAUGACAUAUUGAAAUUAUUAUUUAAAUAUAUUAAGAUUAUAUAAUUUAAAGAUUUUCA